UGUAAUUCAUCAAGGGAACAAAAGGAGGCGCUCGGGAGCACUCAAAKAUGGUAGAGGUUUCGUGACCAAUGACAGGUGUUACUAAUUAUUUWAAAUUGCCUCGCAGGUGAUGGCUGUUGCCAAUAAGGCCGCAACCUCUGAGGGGAAAGAGCUUAUAAAUGAGGAAGAAGCUAUAAGCUCGCAGCCCACAGAAGAAUGCUCACCGAAGAGUAUUCCCAAUGUUCCUGAUGGCAAGUCUGAAGCACAUGAAUCUGCCUCUACUUCUCCCAAUGAAGGGGAUGUCAGUGGCUCUCCUGAUGAUGACUGGUGCAAUACAUACGGUGUCAUGGAUUUGUGGGAUGAAGUCUCUGAGUCUCCAGGGCAGCAAGAUGCUUCUGGGUAUGAGGCGGAGGACUGGGAUAAAGAAUUGGAGGAGUCUACACGUAGUCCUUAUGAUGCUGAUGAUUUCUGCUGUGGAAGCUUUGAGGAAAAUAAUCUUUUGGGCUCAUAUGUGUGGGAAGAGGAUUGGUUUUACAACCCAAUGUGUCGCCACACACCUUGUGUUGUUUUUCCACCACGAGUUAGAACAGUUGAGAAGGGCCAGUUUGAUGAUGCUGAUGACUGAGGUUGACCCUGGUCAGAAAUAAGUUUGGCUUCUGWGUUGGAUUAUAUUCUUCACUGAUUGAGCUGUGUCAAGUCCCGUGGCUUUUUUGCAGAGUUGGGCCUGAGGCCAGAAAUGCAACACCAUCUCCGAAGUUUUGCUUAGACUGUUUCUGAGCUGUUCAUAAACUGAUCACCCUUGCCCUGGAGACAAGAGUGCAGGUGCUGGGUGUMAGGAGUCAGUGCAUUUCUGGAGCUUUUGUUUGUAUUGUAUAAAUCUAUGUUACUAAUUGAUUGAGAAGUAUUUAAUUUCUGAACUUCAGUUUGUUUGCCAGGCUUUGUCAGUUUUGACAUGCUGAUCCCUGUGUUUCUGUGUAACUUGUAGUUUUUUUUCCUUUCCAUUUGAUGCUGUCAGAUUAGUCUGGAUAGCUUUAAUAACUCUUUCUUGAAGCUUCUCUGUUGUAUUUCCAUGUAGUUAUAAUGUSUGUUUGUGAUUCUGAUACUGCUAUUUAACAAAAUUAGCUGUGGCAAG